AUGGAGCUUGAAAAUCUUACAAAUUUGCAAACUUUUCAAAUAGCAGAGAACAAGUUUUCUGGUCACUUGCCACAAAAUGUUUGCCUUGGUGGAUCACUUACUAAUUUCACAGCAUAUGACAAUAACUUUAUUGGUAGUGUCCCUAAAACCUUGAAAAAUUGCUCUACACUAUCAAGAGUUAGGCUUGAUGGUAACAAAUUAUCUGGCAACAUAUCAGAAGCUUUUGGUAUCUAUCCAAGUCUAGUUUACAUGGAUUUGAGUCACAAUAAAUUAUAUGGCGAGUUAUCGUCACAAUGGGGCUUUUGUCAUAAUCUAAAAAGUUUGAAGAUUUCCAACAACAACUUGUUUGGUGACAUACCAAUUGAGAUAGGAAAUCUGAGUAAACUAGAAAUGCUUGAUCUCUCUUCAAAUCACUUGACCGGUGAAAUUCCUAAAAGUUUGGAGAGGCUAACUCUCUUGCUGGUACUUGAUUUACAUGGAAAUAGAAUUUCAGGAGAAAUACCUAUAGAAGUGGGAAAGUUGUUCAAACUUAUAAGACUUGACUUGGGAGCAAAUAAUAUGAGUGGCAAGAUUCCUGGAGAAAUAGGAGAUUGUAGACAGCUUUGGUACUUGAAUUUAAGCAAGAACAUGCUAAACACAAACAUUCCUUCUAACUUGGGAAAUUUGCACUCCUUAGUGUAUCUUGAUCUCAGUUAUAACAUGCUCAGUGGUGAGAUUCCAUGGCACAUAGGAAAGUUGCAAAGUUUGGAAAGAAUGAAUCUUUCGCGUAAUAACUUGUCUGGUUCAAUCCCGCCUAGUUUCAAUGAACGCGUUCAUUUGAGGUCAAUUGAUAUAUCUUGCAAUCAAUUGGUUGGUCCCCUUCCCAAGAUCAGGGCAUUUCAAAAUGCGUCUCUUGCAGAAUUAAGAGAUAACAAGGAUUUAUGCAGCAAUCAUACUGGUAUGAAACCUUGCUCUUCAUUAGGGAAAAAAAAGAGAACAAGUAGAAAGCUUAUACUGACCCUAACUCUGUCUCUUAUCUUUAUUGCCCUGCUUCUACUUGUGAUUACUUGUAUACUUUUUCGAACAAAAAGGAAAAGAAAUAUAAGUAUUCAACAUAGGGAUCCUUCCAGCAAUUCUUUUUCAGUUAGGAGCUUUGAUGGAAAGAUAGCAUAUGAAAACAUAAUAACAGCAACAGAAAACUUUGAUAGUAAAUAUUGCAUUGGGAAGGGAGGACAUGGAAGUGUCUAUAAGGUUGAGUUACCAUGUGGUCAAGUUGUUGCAGUGAAAAAAGUUCAUGCUUUAGAAGAUGAAGAACUUGAUGAUAACAUGAUCAAAAGCUUUUCAAAAGAGAUACAAUCUCUAGUAAACAUCCGCCAUCGAAAUAUUGUGAAGUUUUAUGGAUUUUGUUCACACGCCCGUCAUUCAUUCUUGGUUUAUGAGUUGUUGGAAGGAGGAAACUUGUCACAAAACCUUGGCAAUGAGGUUAGAGCAAGAGAUUUAAAUUGGCUCAAGAGGGUUGAUAUUGUCAAGGGGGUAGCAAACGCGUUGUGUUACUUGCAUCACGAGUGUUCACCUCCUAUAGUUCACAGAGAUAUAUCAAGUAACAAUGUUCUCCUAGAUGAUGAAGGCAAUCCCCAUGUUUCUGACUUUGGCACUGCUAAACUCUUAAGGCCUAAUUCCUCCAAUUGGACAUCGUUCGCUGGAACUCUUGGCUAUGUAGCUCCAGAGCUUGCUUACACAAUGAAGGUAAAUGAGAAGAGUGAUGUUUACAGCUUCGGGGUGAUAUCACUAGAAGUUAUUUUGGGUCAUCAUCCAGGUGAUAUUAUUGAAGCUAUAUCAUCAUUUUCGCCAGCAUCAGGAGCAAAUGGAACACUGUUAAAGGAUUUGAUUGAUGAACGGACACCAGCUCCUGGAAAACAAGAAGCAGAAGAAUUGGUCAAGAUCACAAAACUAGCAUUCGCGUGUCUUCGUCAAAGUCCUCUAGCUCGGCCAAGUAUGAAGCAAGUUUGUGCAUCUUUAUCAAAAGAAAAUUGGCCUUCAGAAGGCUUGUUCUCCACUGUUACAUUAGGCCAGUUGCUUGAACCAGCACUACUAAGAUGUUGAUCUUUUUUGCAUACCUUUACAUUAUUGUAUUUGUUAUAUGAAAAAAAUUGAAGUGUUAUUGCUGACAAUAUAAAUUACUUCAUGUGUUUUA